CUUUCUCUUUCUCACUUCCUCACUUCACAACAACAUUGUACCUACUUAUAAUGUCUCAAAAAAGUUCAUUCUACCCACAAGUCGAUUCCACCAAUCCAGACGCAAAUUCUUCUUCUUCUUCUUUCUCCAUGUAUCCAAACACUGCAUAUUCAUCACAACAAGUUCUGGUGACCGUUCCCAACGUGAUUCUCCAUCUCAUAGAAAAAGAUUCAAGCGUCCACCUAGCUUCCGGCGACUUAACCAUAGUAAGCCUCAAAGAAGACAACAACGUCGUAGCAGUUCUCGCUCGCAUAAGCGAUCAAAUCCAAUGGCCGUUAGCCAAAGACGUUUCAACAGUAAAACUCGACGAUUCGCAUUACUUUUUCACACUUCAAAUUCCACAGAGUAAAACAGAGAGUGGGACGGAGGUUUUGAACUACGGAAUGACGGUGGCAACAAAAGGGGAAGAGAGUGUUUUGAUUUUGAAGGAACUUGAUAAGAUUCUUGAAAAGUAUAGUUUUUUUUCGGUUGAGAAGGUGAAGGGUGUAAAAGGGUGGGAGGUUUUGGAGGAGAAAAGGGAAGAUGUGGAGGAAAGUUCUGCUGCUGCUUAUUGGACAACGUUGGCACCAAACGUGGAAGAUUAUAGUGGAAGAUUUGCAAGAUGGAUUGCUGCUGGGUCAGGACAAGUUGUCAGGGGAAUUCUGUGGUGUGGUGAUGUUACUGUUGAGAGAUUGAAAUGGGGGAAUGAUUUCAUGAAGAAGAGGUUGCAGCCUGGGUCGAAAUCACAAAUUAGUCCACAUGCUUUGGAGAGUAUUAAAAGGGUUAAGAAGUUGACGAAGAUGUCAGAGAAAGUGGCCAUUGGUAUCCUCACUGGGGUUGUCAAGGUGUCUGGAUUCUUCACUAGUUCGGUGGUGAAUUCAAAACCGGGAAAGAAGUUCUUUAGCUUUCUUCCUGGAGAAGUUUUACUUGCUUCCCUUGAUGGAUUCAAUAAGGUGUGUGACGCUGUAGAAGUAGCUGGAAGGAAUGUUUUGUCCACUUCAUCAGUUGUUACCACUGGACUUGUUUCACAUAAGUAA